CAGGCAAAACUAAAAAAUCUUCAAACAACAAUCUGCCUCGUCGUUAAUGUAAAAUUUAUUCGAGGAUUUCUUGUGAAGCGACUUCUUGGCGGAUGAUAAAGGACUGCCUUUAUUCUGGAGGUGAUCGUUUUGUAAUAGAGCACCAGUUAUUUCCACAGCGAUUAUCACGCAAUACCACUGAACGGAUCAGAAAGCGCGUUGUUUUGUUGUACCUCUAUCAAUCAGCUAGAAUGUGCGUGAACUUCAUGUACAAAAGCAGUAUUUUUCUUUGCAGCCUUUGAUGAGUGGAUAUUCACGCUACAAUUGUAUCUUCAAAAGCGUACAUGUCUGUGUAUUUGUGGGGGUACUUACGGCAUGAAUGAGGGACGAAAUUCGAGCGCCUUCCAAUCAACUGUACAUUUUCUAUCGUCGAGUACCUUGUUGGCGAAUGGUUCUCACCGAAAACGUUCAGUAGUUGAGAUUUGCGGUUUUAUGGCUGAAUUGUAAAGUGAGUAUGUCUGAAGAGACCAAAGAGAGCUUAGGAGUGAAUUUUCGAUCAAAGGAAACAACUGAAUGUACCUCGAGCACAACUGAUGCAUUCCUCGUCCCGUUUGGGGAGCUCGACGAAUCGCCGGUAGAACAGCAAGACCUUAGCGGACUGCUCAGGAUAGAGGAAAGGCGUAGCGGGGUUUUAAUCAACGGAUUUGACGGCAAAUUUCUUUGCGACGAAGCUCGCAGUUCGCUCCAGAAGCCACAUCCAUUGCGCAGCCCAGUCAACAGUAACCAGACCUCCAUUUCAAGGAAAGUAGCUGUUACUUCUGUCUCGGAGAAUACAGGCAAAUCUCUAGCAUUAAAAGACUACAGGAAUUUCUCUAAGGCACCUCUCAAGCUGAAGUUUCCAUUAUCUCCCAGAGCAGCAGCAUGGAGUCUAGAGGAGGAUGAAGACAGUGGAAUAGCUUGUGGAAGUACUGAUGGAGUACCAUUUGGUUACACGUCAGGAGGCUUGUACUAUUCAACAGAUGUACAUCUUCAAACACUUCACACACUGGGUAAGGAAGAGGAAGCUGUAACUCCUCCUAUGGAAAAGAAGCAAAGUGGUUUGAAGCAAACAAGAAUAAGUAAGCUGGCCAGGCGGCUCAGCCAAAGGAAAGAGAGAGGGCAUAUAAGGAAUCAAGGAAGGUCUCACAGUUUAGAAGAUGUUUCAUCCCCAGCAGGAUCAGGAGCAAGCCAUGGAAACAACAAAUCACCAAGGUUACAGCGCACCAUGUCAGUUAAUCAACGCUCUUCCCCACGGACGCGGCUUUCUGUCCAAGAGAAUAGAUUUAGUUUUAAUCACAGAGAUGUAAGAGAAAAAUCAAAGAAAAAGAGGGACACUAGUCUAGAUGCUCUUGUUGAUGCAAUUGUUCGCAAAGAAACUGAUGAAAUUAGGAAUAUUUUGGAGUCAGAGGAUGUAGAUGUCAAUGGGGUGAAUGAUGAUGGAUUUGCACCUCUUGAUGUGGCCGUGAUGCUUGGAGCAUUACCCAUUGUUAGAAUGCUUUUGAUGUAUGGUGCUCAAGAAAGCUCGAGAUUGCCGGGUUCAUACCUCGCUAAGCACAUAAAUAUGUUGUUGAAGGAGGCAGAGCUUAGAGUGGAUGAUCUCACCACGGCAGUGGUGCAUGUCAGUUAUACUGCAUCAUCUGAAAUAAAGGAAAAUGAAAGGCUUUUUCAGGAGUGGUUGUGGAGGAAACACUUACUGGAACAAAUGAAGAAAGGGCUUUUAAAAAUAGAACCACCAGACAAGCCAAGCGGUGUUACUAUAUCAGUUGCUUCUGAAGACUCACUACUUGUUCGUUUUAUUGAACCACUCAAUGAUAAAGUUAUUGUGUCUAAGUAUAAAAUUCAAUGGAGCAAAUUCCCAGACUUCAAGGUGAUGGAAGGAGAAUAUGUCCACCAUGACCUCAGGUCGCAAGAGUACACAAUAUGUAAUUUGCAAAAGUCUGUGUUAUACUACGUACGUGUUUGCGGUGGAAAUCUCAAAGGUUUUGGUCAAUGGCUGGAAUCCAGUCCUCCAUGUGCAAUGCCUUCAACUUGGCACGAAGUGGAUGACUCUAAACCUCGUUUCCAAGGGCGACUCAAUGUCAUAGAUGAUCUGUUUAGUCGAGUGUGGCAAAGCCAUGAAGAAUUCUCGCCAGUGCGACCAUUACUUUCGCACAGACCGCGGAGCAACACAUAUGGCAACGAAACAGGAUGCGAAGCUGGUGCAUCGCCGAGAACAAGUCGUAAGUCAGCAAUGAAAAAGAGUCUAACAAAAUACACAAAUCUACUCUUCCACUCGGCCCCAAAAUUUGCCAGACAUCUCAAAAGAGGGGUAUAUCUGGCUUCUUUGCUCUUCACUGAUGACGAGAAGCUUCUUGUAACCCUGGACGAAAAUAUUCCAAUUAUUGAAGUGGAUGAUAACCAUCCCAGUACAUUCCUUCAAGAUUUCUGUUGGCUGAUGAAGGUGGCUUGCACUUGGAAAGAUGUUAAAAAAUUAAAACAGGAAGUAGAGAAAAAGUCUUCAUCAACUUCAGUGCUGUUCAGAUGUAAACUGCUUCAAGCUGCUGAUACUCUGCAAGGUGCCCUUGGCAAGCAAGAUCUUGGCAGACUACAUUACAGACCAGUGAAAGAUAGAAACGGCAGCACUGUAAUUGUCGCCGUCAACCAUGCAAUUCAUGGCAGUUCCUUCAAGCCACGUAUCCUGUCUCUUAAGUGGUUAUCGUUCAGUAAACUUCAGAAGAGGAUCCAGACUCCUCCACUGCAAGGUGGGCUACAGGAUGAGUUGUUCACUGCAUCAGAGAUGCUUGUCUCCUCCAUUCAGGAGAAAAUCCAUUAUUAUGAAAACAGUAAAAAGAACCUUGAAAGGGGUUUGUACAUCGGUUAUCUGAAGCUCAGAACUUUUGUAGACGCUAUUCAUGUUGUGGUUCAGGAGAACUGCCCCAACGUUCUACCGCACGUCAAAAUACGAGAUAACCCCAAUGUGUCUAGAGAGGAGUGGCAAUGGCUUCAAACACUGGACACUCUAAGGGAGGGGACUCACGGCUCAGAGCCAUCCAAGACUGCACACGAAUUUCAAGUACUGGUGGCCAAAGCUGCCGAAACUUUGAUGGAGAAAGUAGGCAUUAGUGAAGAGGCUUCGAAACUUCAUAGAAUAUAUGACCGAGAGGUUGUUGAAUUGGACGAAAAUGUUUCGUUUAUCAUUGUAUUCCCACCCCCUGAGGAAGUCUGUAGUGCUCCAGGUCAAGUGGAUUCGCUUUCACGUCACAAAGGCUAUAUCUCCCUACCUGUGCAGACCUUUGAAAUGAUUCACAUGUACACGUAUCAGCAAGAGUUUAUUUGCCAUUAUUCUCGUCUCUCGUCCGUUCUCGAUAUGGACUCUGUCAUCUCCCAGCAGUCACUCAGAGAGGCGUUUUCAUCACCUGAGUUACAGUUAGCAAAAGCACGACAAGAGCAGCUGUUGGAUUUUCAGCGAGAACUUGACGAAACGUGGCAAGGAAUGCGUUGGAUAUUGGAUGCCCUGCAUUACGCGAGGGAUCGUCAAAUUCGAGGUGGAAUACCAUUGGUCGAGGUGUUUCAGUACUCAGUUUUUCACCCGGACGGCCAGUGCUGUGUUUGUUCGUCUGAUUUGAAAGGGAAAGUCCUCUGCAAUGGACAUAAUUCCUCAGCAAGCAGUAGCCCCAGAGAGGGAGUGGUUCAAAUUCAUACAGCAGGAGAAACAAGUUUACCUCCCGGAGCCACAGUCACGCUUCAUAUAACGCCUGCAACAAGAGCAGAUGAAGUAGUCAAGAUGGUUGUGCAACAGCUGCACAAGAAAUGCCAAGACAGAGAUAAAUCUUCCUAUUGGCACAAUCUCUCUGAUAAGAAAAUAAAAGACUUGUGUUUAGUUGCAGUAAUCGGUGGACAAGAGAAAUGUUUUAGGGACGAUUUUAAGCCACUACACCUUCAAAAUCCGUGGAAACGAGGAAAGUUGUACCUCAGACUACGCGCCGAAGCUAUCGCGGCGUCUGCAACAGGCAACUUCACAAGUGUCUGAAUUUGAAUCACUUGAGACGAGCACUCACUCCUGUGGAGCCAUGUGGCACUGAUUGUUCGAGAUUAUCCAAGGAAAAACUCGUGCCACGUACUACAGCAACCAAAUAAGGCCACAACACAUUGGAAUGUGGUAACUGUGUUCUCUCCCCGCUUAGCGCGAGAACUAUGGCAUGAUUCCCGCGCUUUUUACCGGUUACUCGUAGUUGCUUCGAGCUCUUAUGGUUUAUUUUGCCAAUGUCUUGACCCUCAGAGUUUUAAAGCAAUGCCAAAGGUAGUUUACCUUUACAGUUUUCCUCAAUUGGUGCUUACCGUUAUUACUGCGAAAAUCGGAGAGGAGUAUUCGUAUGUUUGCAGCACUAGGCCAAUUUAAGCGUUCAAAAUAAAACACAGUAGAUUAAAAAACUAAAGCGGCCAAAUUGAGAUUAAGCGGAAAUAGUUAACCAAAAGCGCACAAAACAGGGUUGUUAAAAGCGAAGAGAUGCCGAAAUUUCUUAGAUUUUCUUAAAUGCAAAAGCCGCAGAAAAUGGCUUCUAGUUGAAAACUGCGAGUGUCAGAUUAAAAAUGGCAUGAAAAGCGAGAAGUUUCAAGAUUCUUCGGCAUUUGUCUCUAGUUAUUAUUUAAAAAGCGUGACGUCUUCCUUUUGGUAAACGGCAAGAUGGGUGAAUCCGUCGUAAAUCUAGGGACAGUUUUAAUGUAUGUUAGUAUGAAAAUUUAGGUAUAUAACAAAUGGAAUAUAAUUAAGAAGUAAGAAAAUAAUGUCGGAAUUACUUAAUCUCUUUGUAUGAUAAGAAUGAUAUGGUACAUAUUGGUGGUCUUGUAUUAAUCGUUUACGUUUUCAUUUAUUGGCUGGUUUUUUCUUAAUGUGGUUUAUUUUUCCUAUAGAUAAUCCUAACUUUAGUUCUGCUUUUUGGUUUUUGUUAUAGAGUUUACUGGAGAAGGCGAAAACACGAAGUUUUUGUCACUAAAUCUUUUCACAUCUAACAGUAAGAAAAAAAGGACCGAAUUUGUGUUUAGUUAUGCAUAGUUUUUAUAACAAAAUUUACAGGCUAUAGAUUCGAUACAUAGCAGCACCGUAGAAAACUUAGGGUAAAGUCUAGUAGUGUCAGUUUGAAAUCUCUCUCCUUUACUCGCCAGGUCAAUUGCGAUGUGAUCUUGACUUGGUGAACGCGCAUUUUCUCUCGAAUGUGCAGUGAAUUCUACUAAUUAGCUCGUUGGUUUACUUCGUUGAGCUAUGAUUGAUUCGGUUGUUUUCUUUUUGUUCAUUGGUUUAAGCACUUUUUUCCAGCUUGUUGGUGUCAAGAUGAAGUUAGGAUUUGUGUCAUGGCCAAGGCGUUUGUGCCCACGCACGAGAUUUGUGUUGACCCAGAUUACACCUAUGCAUAGAAAAACAUUAAAAAAAAAAAAGAAAGAUAUAGGAGAGCUGGCUCCCUCUAUGAAAGUAGUCUAUUUAUUCCCAAGUCGGUUUUGCAUGAAGAUAUUUUUCAAAGCCUCCCCAGGUUAUAUUCCCAUUUAGACAGCGCUCGCAGAAACGUAUUCAAGCCUUGUUUAUCACAGAACCUUUCGCCUGGUCUUCGUUACAUGACAGGGUAAACACUUAAGUUAAAAUAGUAUUUAUUAUGAGAUAAUUGUUGAAAAUCACCAUUUUUCCUAAUUUAUUAGUAAUAUUUUCACCUCUUGAUGAGGAAUCCAGGAUAUUUCUAGGCUCUGGGAGUUUGAUAAGUCUGGAAGAGUGCUUGACGUGUUUAGAGCACCUUUUUGUGUCAUUUUUCUGUUUUAGUAACAGGGGUUUAUAAUUCAUGGCAUUUUUAACUUAGUCAAAGUACUGUACUACUGUGAGUUAUUUUUGGGUUAAAGCAGUGGAAUGUGAAUAUUGUGUUAUUUUAAACGUAGAAAUGUUUAUCUUCAUAGAGAGAUAGCAGUAAGUUUUCUUUAAAAUGCAAUUUUAGACUGAGAGUUCUUGGGUUGUACUUGGCAAAACGCAAAGAAGACCGCUUCGUUUGUCUUGUUUGGUUAUUUCAUUUCUAACUUAGUUUGCUCCCAGAGAAUUGAUCAAGGUAACAUGUACAGCGGGUGAAAUGUUGAUGCUAAGAUAGACUUAAACAAAUAAAAGGAAAUAUUUCUCA